GAGCUCUCUGUCUAAAACCCUUCAAAACCCUCUGCUCUUCUAUAUGCUCACAGCAACAAAGAGAAAGGUUGUGAAUGGUGUAAUAAGCUAAAAAAAAUAAAAAUUAAGAAGGCAAAGAGCAAAGCUUUUUAUUCAAUAGUAAAAUGGCAGCUCCUUCUAAGAAUAAGAAGAAAGGGCCUGAUAGGAAAUCGAAAGAUGCAGGUACUAAAUUUAAUAAAGCUUCGAAGAAACCGUUUAAAGCUAAGAAGAAAGGCUCAAACGAUGCCGUUGCACCUGAAGCUAUGGCCUUCCAGCUUGAAGAUGAUGCUCCUGAAUUUCCUAGAGGUGGAGCAAGCUCACUUAGCCGUAGAGAGCGCGAGGAGAUUCGUGCAGAAGUUGAUGCAGAAUUCGAGUCUGAGGAGAGGAGUUUGAUGAUGAUGAAGAAGAAGAAUAAAGGGAAGAAACUGCAAAACAAGAGUCAUUCUGAAGCUGAUGAUUUGGGUUCUCUUUUUGGUGAUGGGUUAACUGGCAAACUACCUCGAUUUGCAAAUAACAUCACAUUUAAGAAUAUCUCUCCUGGAAUGAAGGUUUGGGGAGUCGUUGCUGAAGUAAAUGAAAAGGACCUUGUUAUUAGUCUUCCUGGGGGCUUACGCGGAUUAGCACGUUCUGUUGAUGCGCUUGAUCCUGUUUUUGGUGAUGAAAUUGAGGACAUUGAAGGUAACCUUCCAAGUAUAUUCUGCACUGGGCAGUUGGUUUCAUGCACUGUGUUGCAGUUAGAUGAAGAUAAGAAAGAUAGUGGGACAAGAAAAAUUCGUCUUUCUUUGCGCCUUUCAUUGUUGCACAAAGGGUUUUCGCUAGAUGCCAUUCAGGAAGGGAUGGUCCUCACUGCAUAUGUGAAAAGCAUAGAAGAUCAUGGCUACAUUCUUCAUUUUGGGCUGCCUUCUUUCACGGGUUUUUUGCCAAAGAACAGCCAAGAUGAAAGCAGUUCUGCUGAGGUGAAAACUGGGCAACUCCUGCAAGGAAUCGUUAGAAGAGUUGAUAAAACUCGUAAAGUUGUUUAUCUAAGUUCUGACCCCAGUGCAGUGUCUAAAUGUGUGGUGAAGGAUCUUAAGGGGAUUUCAAUUGAUCUUCUUGUUCCCGGCAUGAUGGUCAACGCCCGUGUACAGUCUACCCUUGGAAAUGGGAUAAUGUUAUCAUUCCUUACAUAUUUUAGUGGAACUGUUGAUAUUUUUCAUUUACAAAAUACAUUUUCUGCAUCAAACUGGAGAGAUGAUUACAACAAUAAUAAGAAGGUCAAUGCUAGAAUAUUAUUUGUCGAUCCUUCAACUAGAGCUGUUGGCCUGACCCUUAAUCAACAUCUUGUUCACAAUCAUGCUCCUCCGACGCAUGUCAAAGUUGGAGAUAUUUAUGACGGUGCAAAAGUAGUCAGGGUAGACAAAAGCAUGGGUCUUUUGCUUGAAAUCCCUUCUGCUCCAGUGUCAACACCAGCUUACGUUAGCAUAUCUGAUGCGGCUGACAAAGAGGUGCGGAAUCUUGAGAAAAAGUACAAGGAGGGAAGUAAAGUUCGUGUGCGAAUUCUUGGAUAUAGACAUUUAGAAGGGCUUGCUACAGGGAUUUUGAAGGCAAGUGCUUUUGAAGGCCCUGUAUUUACCCACUCAGACGUCAAGCCUGGGAUGGUUGUGAGGGCUAAAAUCAUUGCUGUUGACAGCUUUGGCGCUAUAGUGCAAUUUCCUGGUGGCUUGAAGGCACUCUGUCCUCUUCGCCAUAUGUCUGAAUUUGAAAUUGCGAAGCCUCGAAAAAAAUUUAAGGUUGGAGCUGAACUGUUGUUCCGUGUGCUUGGUUGCAAGUCCAAGAGAAUAACUGUCACACACAAGAAAACUCUUGUCAAAUCAAAACUCGCAAUUCUUAGCUCAUAUGCUGAAGCAACAGAUGGGCUAAUAACACAUGGUUGGAUAACAAAGAUUGAGAAGCAUGGCUGCUUUGUCCAUUUUUAUAAUGGAGUCCAGGGAUUUGCUCCCAGAUCUGAGCUUGGAAUAGAGCCAGGAAAUGAUGCAAGUUCUAUGUAUCAUGUUGGGCAAGUUGUCAAAUGUAGGGUAUUAAGUUCUCUUCCUGCUUCACGCCGAAUCAACCUCAGUUUCACAAUGAAGCCUACAAGGGUCCCUAAAGAAGAAGCUCUGAAAUUGGGUAGUGUUGUUGCUGGAGUUGUUGAGAAAGUGACCUCAAAUGCUGUAAUAGUGUAUGUUAAUUCCAAAGGUUACACGAGAGGCAUAAUCUCGACUGAACAUUUGGCUGAUCGGCAUGAGCAAGCUGCUUUAUUUAAGUCAGUCCUGAAGCCUGGAUAUGAGUUUGAUCAACUUCUGGUCUUAGAUAUUGAGAACAACAAUUUGGUUCUCUCUGCAAAAUAUUCUCUUGUCAACUCAGCUCAUCAGCUCCCUUCAGAUCUCACUGAGAUACAUCCUCAGUCAAUAGUUCAUGGGUACAUUUGCAACUUAAUUGACACUGGUUGCUUUGUUCGAUUUCUUGGGCGUCUGACUGGUUUCUCUCCUAAAAGCAAGGCAAUGGACAACCAAAAAGCUCAGCUUUCAGAAGCCUUUUACAUUGGACAAUCUGUUCGCAGCAAUAUCAUCGAUGUAAGCAGCGAAACAAACAGAAUAACAGUGUCUUUGAAGCAAUCAUCCUGUUCAUCUACUGAUGCAUCCUUCCUUCAAGAAUACUUUCUUGUGGAGGAGAAGGUUGCUGAGCUACAAUCUUCAGAUUCUAAAGGACCUGACUUGAAGUGGGUUGAAGGAUUUAACAUUGGUACUGUAGUUGAGGCAAAAGUUGAAGAGUCUAAAGAAGUUGGCAUUGUUGUCAGCUUUGAUAAAUACAAUGAUGUUUUGGGUUUCAUUACACAUUAUCAACUAGGUGGAACAACAGUAGAAACAGGCUCCACUAUUCGAGCUGCAGUUCUUGAUGUUGCCAAGACAGAACACCUUGUUGACUUGUCUCUGAAGCCAGAGUUUCUAGAUAAAUGCACUGAUGAGAAGUCUAAUAGCCAGACUCAUAAGAAGAAACGCAAAAGAGAAGUGCUUAAGAACUUGGAGGUGUAUCAGUCGGUGACUGCUGUUGUCGAGAUUGUGAAGGAGAACUACAUGGUUCUUUCAAUUCCUGAACAUAAUUACAUUAUAGGAUAUGCAUCAGUAUCAGACUACAACAUACAGAAGCUUCCGCAAAAACAAUUUCUUAAUGGACAAAGUGUUGUUGCAACUGUUAUGGCAUUGCCAAGUUCUUCGACUGCAGGGAGGUUGCUUUUGCUUCUGAAAUCAAUAAGCGAGAUAACUGAGACAUCCAGCACAAAGAAGGCAAAAAAGAAGUCUAGCUAUAAAAUUGGGUCCCUGGUUCAGGCGGAGAUUACCGAAAAGAAGCCUCUUGAAAUGAGGUUAAAGUUUGGUAUUGGUUUCCGUGGGAGGAUUCAUAUAACUGAGGUAAAUGAUGAUUGCUUUCUGGAAGAUCCAUUUACUAGUUUCAAAAUUGGCCAGACAGUGACUGCACGAAUUGUUGCUAAGACUAGCAAGGCAGAUAAAAACCAGUUGUGGGAGUUGUCUAUUAAACCCAAAGUCCUUACAGAUUUCUGGGAGUCAGAGGAUAAGCUUAUGUCAAAGGAGUUUGAAUUUUCAUCUGGACAUCGUAUCACUGGAUAUGUUUAUAAAGUGGAUAGUGAAUGGGCAUGGUUAACAAUAUCUCGACAUUUAAAGGCUCAGCUUUUCAUUCUUGACAGUGCAUGUGAACCCAGUGAACUUCAAGAAUUCCAGAAACGUUUUUUUGUGGGAAAGGCUGUUAGUGGCUAUGUCUUAAGUUAUAACAAGGAGAAAACAUUGUUGCGUUUGGUGCAACGUCCAUUAUGUGCUGUAUCUUGCAUACAUGUUAAUGGUGAAGCUUUGAAUAAAAAUGAUGCCCAAAAUGAGGUUCGACGUGACAAUGCUGCUGCUUACAUUCAGGAAGGAGAUAUAGUAGGUGGAAAAAUUUCCAAAAUACUUUCUGGUGUUGGUGGAGUACUUGUGCAAAUUGGUCCACAUGUGCAUGGUAAAGUUCAUUAUACUGAACUUCAAGAGUCAUGGGUGCCUAAUCCUUUGGAUGGAUAUCGUGAAGGGCAGUUUGUCAAAUGCAAGGUCCUGGAGAUCAGUCGUUCAGACAAGGGAACUACUCAUAUUGAUCUGUCAUUGCGUUUCUCUUUAGAUGGCAUGCUUAGUCAGAAUUCAAGCGAACUCUCGAAGAAUGCGGAUCAGCGUGUGGAAAAGAUUGACGAUCUUCAACCUAAUACUGUUGUACAGGGUUAUGUGAAGAAUGUGGCACCAAAAGGGUGUUUCAUUUUUCUUUCAAGGAAGAUUGACGCAAAAAUUCUACUCUCAAACUUAUCUGAUGAAUUUGUUGUUAGUCCUGAAGAAGAAUUCCCCAUUGGGAAACUUGUAACUGGAAGGGUAUUAUCUGUGGAGCCUUUAUCCAAGCGAGUUGAAGUUACUUUGAAGAAAAAUGCAAAAAGCACCGGAAAAUCUGAACUUAAUGAUUUGAGUCGUCUAAAUGUUGGAGACACAGCUUCAGGCAGGAUUAAACGGGUGGAACCAUAUGGUCUAUUUAUUGCUAUUGACCACACAAACUUGGUUGGACUAUGCCAUGUGUCAGAGCUUUCAGAUGAUCAUGUUGACAGUGUUGAAACUAAAUAUAGAGCUGGGGAGAAGGUCACUGCUAGAAUUUUGAAGGUAGAUGUAGAAAGACGGCGAAUCUCUCUGGGUAUCAAAAAUUUGGAUAAUGGAAAUGACACUGACAUUCUCCCUUCACAAGAAGAGUCUAGUGAUGCCAUUAGUGAAAAUGGUACUACUGAUGAUGGUGAUUCCAAACCACAUUACAGCAGUUCACCUGCAAUCGAAGGAAUGGAUAUUGAAUCUGAAAAUGAAGAACAUGCAGUUCUUGCACAUGCGGAAUCAAGAGCAUCCAUUCCUCCACUUAAUGUCACCCUUGAUGAUGUGGAGCAUUCUGAUGUGGAUGACACGAUUAGCCAAACUCAAGAGCAAAUUGAUAAGACAAAGAUCGCAGAUGAAAAGGACACGAGACAGGCAAAGAAGAAAGUAAAGGAGGAGAGGGAGCAAGAAAUUAGAGCUGCGGAAGAAAGGCUGCUGGAAAAGGAUAUUCCAAGAACUGCUGAUGAAUUUGAGAAACUGGUUCAUGGCUCUCCUAAUAAUAGUUUUGUUUGGAUAAAGUACAUGGCUUUCAUGCUUGAUUUGGCUGAUAUUGAGAAAGCUCGCUCAAUAGCUGAAAGGGCUCUGAGAACAAUAAAUUUUCGGGAAGAAAACGAGAAGCUAAACGUCUGGGUGGCCUACUUCAAUUUGGAGAAUGAAUAUGGCAAUCCCCCAGAGGAAGCUGUUAAAAAUGUAUUUCAAAGAGCAUUGCAGUAUUGUGAUCCCAAGAAGGUUCAUUUAGCACUUUUAGGAGUGUAUGAAAGGACUGAGCAGCAUAAGUUGGCUGAUGAACUUCUUGACAGAAUGGUCAAGAAGUUCAAAAUUUCAUGCAAGAUUUGGCUGAGGCGGGUACAGAGACAUUUGAAGCAGGAGCAAGAUGGGGUUCAGUCUACUGUUAAGCGUGCUCUGUUGAGCCUUCCCCGCCAUAAACACAUCAAAUUCAUUUCACAGGCAGCUAUCCUUGAAUUCAAAUGUGGGGUUCCUGAUAGAGGGCGGUCCAUGUUUGAAGGAAUUUUGCGGGAGUACCCAAAGAGAACAGACUUGUGGAGUGUUUAUCUUGAUCAAGAGAUCAGACUUGGAGAUGUGGAUGUGACUCGUACGCUAUUUGAGAGAGCCACUAGUCUGAGCCUCCCUGCUAAAAAGAUGCAAUUCUUAUUCAAGAAAUAUCUCGAGUAUGAGAAGUCUGUUGGUGACGAAGAACAAAUUGAGUCGGUGAAAAAGAAGGCAAUGGAAUAUGUUGAGAGUACAAUGGCAUGAUAGCAAGUGAUCCUUCUUAUUGCUCAGUUUCCAGCUUCACUUGCAACCAUAAGUAGACAGCUUUUUGGCCUUGUACAGUCCAAAAGAUUCAGUGAAUAUAGUCCAUGUUCUUUCAGAGCAAAAUAAAAAAAAGGUGGAACGAACUAUAUCUAAAGCUUAAUUCAGCCUAACAUGAUGCGGUGCUAACUCAAGGGGCCAUCGAUGGUUCAGAAGUUUCCUGUGGAGUGCAGAUCUGUAGCAACAUGGAGAUUUCCUGUAGAACACACUAAUUUGUAGAACAUCCAGAUGUAAAUGAACAUCCAUGUCAAGAUGAAACGAAAGGUUACUUUAUUUUUUGUAGUGUGGUCUUGGCACUCUGCAACAAUGUGGAGGAGCAUUUGGGAUUGAGGGCCCUAAUUUUGUCCGUAGGGCUUUUCUUGUACUUUCAGAGAAUUAAUUAUGUAAAAAGUGGAGGGAAACAAAGAAAAAAGAGACAUUCUUGUUUUGCUCGUGUUUCCCAUUCUUUUA